AUGGCUCUCCGACGAAGUAAGUUGGAGAUGUUUUACCUUUGCAAAGGAGACGAUGAACGCAGGGCUGAUGAGGUAUCUAUCCUUGUGCGCUGCAGUCGCUCGACAAGGACUGUGCUCCUUUCGACACUCACAUUGCAGCAGUAGCAGCAGCAGCAGCAAUAGUCAUCUCUUGCGCUGCGUAGCCGCACCACCCGCAGCUGGAGCCUCCUUCUCCUCUCCGUUGGGCUCAUUUCGAAAAGGUUUGUUCACUACGCGCACAUUACUGAAGGAUGAUGUAGGAACAGGCGUAGAUCCAGGCUACACCUCUCCCUCUCCUUCGUCCCGCAUCAAAGAAGAAGAAAUGAAAGCUUGCAGCGACAGCGACUCCUCCACUCCUGCUCCCUCGCACGAGUCCGAUCCAUUUCCUCUUCCCUUUGAUCCGCGUCUUGAAGGCGUGAACCUUAGCAGCGCAUCCCAAUCAUCAGGGUUGAAGGGUGCACAUUCCUGGGAAGGUGCGCCGCCGGACGUGGGAGAAGCGAUCGACGUGGAGCAAAAGCAGGACGAAACGCCGGUUCCUAUUCGUCUGCCUGGUAGAGGUCCAGAGGAUGAGGAUAGGGAAAGGCGGAUCGCAAGGUUGAUGUACCAGGCGAGGAAGAGAGGAACGUUGGAGACGGACUUGCUGCUCUCCACUUUUGCUCAGCAACAUCUCAAAAACAUGCCAGAUAUAGAAGUGCUGGAAUUCGACAUUGUGAGUUCCUCCCCCAUUCCCCAUCCCCCCCGACCCCUUUUCAAAAGUGGUUAAAAAGGAAAAAAAAAAGUGGUAGCAAGCUGAACUUCGCCCACUUUUGUUGUUUUCGACCGCCCCCGCCCCCGCCUUUUCGCGCCUCCCCGCCCCUUCUUCCACUCGCAAGCUCCUGGAUGAGCCCGAUUGGGAUCUGUUCUACUGGCUGACUGAACGCAAACCCGUGCCCGAGAGGUGGCGAGCCAGUUUCGAGACGGAAGGCAGGCUAGGGUGGCGUUUGCGCAAACAUACAAAGAACGAAAACAAGGAGGUUCGCAGGAUGCCUUCCCUCUGA